AUGGAACCGACGGGGAGUCGUGGCGAUGAUUUCGAACGUGAAGAACUAUUCGCGGGUACGACGGGCUCGGACGGGGCCUCUGACGUCCCUAUGAAGCGCCCCCUACUUACCGUAUGCCGGGACUUCGUCUACCGGCGACUCCCGUUUGCUAAAUGGUUCCCGGAAUACCGUAUCUCACAAGAUUUACCGGGUGAUUUUGCUGGAGGAUUGACGAUUGGCAUUAUGCAUAUUGCUGAGGGAAUGGCCUACGCUCCGUUGGCCGGUGUAAGACCGGUGAAUGGUCUAUUUUCCUGCCUAUUUCCUGCCCUAUUCUACAUGCUAUUCGGGACAUCGAGACAUGUUUCUGUUGGAGGUUUCGCUGUAAUUUGUCUAAUGACCGGCUCGGCAACGACUCGAGCGACAGAACAGCUGAUGGCUGGCAUGAAUGUGACGGCGGCGGACGAGCCGAAAAUACGCGAAAAUUUGGCCAUACAGAUUACGGCUGCUCUUACAAUGUUUAUUGGUUUUGUACAGAUCCUCCUCGGCAUCUGCCGUCUCUAUAAAUUGACGCCAUUUUUGAGCGAUCAGGUAAUUGCCGGGUUCACCACCGGAGCCGCCGUGCAUGUGAUGACGUCACAACUCGACAAAGCUCUUGGCGCCUCGAUUGGAUCGCAUAAUGGGCUGGGAAAGUUAUUCUUUAUCUACCGUGACAUCGUCGCCGCCCUAUCACAAGGCAGAUUUCACCUAAUCACAGCUUGCAUCGGCUGUUUCGUCGUCUUUUGCCUGUUUUUCAUCAAAAAUUGGAUCGAUCCAAAGUUGCGCAGCUGGCUGAAUAUUCAGAAGCCGUUGCCCUACGAUCUUUUUGUGAUGGUUCUCGCCACAUUCUUCAGCUCCUAUUUUGCCCUGCACGCAAAAUAUGGAGUGGCGAUCAUUGAGGAUAUUCCUACCGGCCUGCCCUCCGCGAAGUUGCCGGAACUCGGCCUAUUCCCGUUAUUGGCUUUGGACAGUGUAUCCAUCGGAAUAAUUAUUCUUGUUAUUCACCUCUCGAUGGGGAAGCUUUUCGCGAAGAAGCACACAUAUCCGCUCGACAUGGAGCAGGAGUUCUACGCCACUGGCCUCACCGAGGUUCUCUGCUCGUUUUUCCCAGUCUAUCCCCCAUCCACAUCGUUGGGUAGAAGCCUGGUUGGAGAGUCAGCCGGCACUCGAACCCAACUCUCAGCUGUGUUCUCAUCUUCCCUGGUGCUAUGCGUCAUUCUAUUCCUCGGCCCACUCCUCGAGCCGUUGCCUACGUGCGUUUUGGCAGCCAUCGUCAUUGUUUCCCUCCAAGGGAUGUUCCGCCAACUGGGCCAGGUCCCGCAGUUGUGGCGGGUUAAUCGGAUUGAUUCGGCAGUCUUCAUGGUCACCUUCCUAGCUACCGUCCUUGUCGGCAUUGUUCCUGGGCUCUGCAUCGGCGUCAUUUUCGUGCUCGGAACCGUUAUAUUCCGUAGCAAAAAGGCGAAGCUGACGUGCGAGGUGGAGACGGCUCCAAAACAAUGUCCAACUCGAGCGGAUUGUCAAUUGGUGUUGACCUUUACCUCCCCGCUGAUCUUCCUCAACGUCGAGCAGUUCUGGAGGAAUUUGAGGAAACUUUUGGAUCGGGCUGCUAGCGAAAAAGCCCCACAUUCGAUCGUUUUCGAUCUGCAUCUCGUGACGAAUAUCGAUACAAUGGGCGGCAAUGCUAUUAUUGAGGUACACGACUACUGCCAAAAACACGGGUAUAUCGUCCAUUUUUGCCGGGCUAACGAAAAAGUGCUGCGCCUUCUCAACCGUAUGGAGCAGUUUGAGCGGAUCUCGACAGCUUUUUGC